CGCAGGUUUGGCGCGGCAGGUGUGAGCUUGAGGACUAAAAUUAUCAGUGUAUUGAAACUUUGGUGGCAGCCUGUGUGUUUAUUGGCAGAAUCAACCGGAAAAUUAGUCAUGAACUUUCAAUUUUCGUUGGAUUCUAUUUUCCCUGAAGAUUUGAUGAUCAUCGGACGAGAUCUCACUCCAAAAGUGGUUGAUGGAUCCCUGAAUUCAUCAACUCCUUCAGAGUAUUACUACAAACACUUCUGCAGACUUGACCCAUCCAGCAAGAUGGCACUGGGUGAAGUGUUGGACAGAAUGGGAGCUGCAUCAGCACGUGCUCAGGGUCUCUCACAGGUCAUCACAACCAUGGAGAAGCUGAGGACUUCAGAGAAUCACAUUGUGUACAUUAUCACCAGGAAGCACCCUGACAGGUCGGUGGACGGCGCCGACAUCUGCGUGGGCUUUCUGAAGGUAGGCCGGAAGCGUCUGUUCAUCCUGGACUCCUCCGGUGGCCAGAACGAGGUGAUGCCUGUCAGCGUGCUGGACUUUUACGUGCACGAGUCGCUGCAGAGGCACGGCUACGGACGACAGCUGUUCGACGCGAUGCUGCAGACGGAGCGAGUGGAGCCUGUGCAUCUGGCCAUUGACCGGCCCUCGGAUAAGCUCACAUCGUUCUUGGCCAAACACUGCGGACUGCGACAGCCCUGCCCGCAGACGAACAACUUUGUCGUCUACCCGGGAUUCUUCUCAGACCGCGAAGAGGAUGAGCUGUUCUAUCCCAACAAGAGGCGAUCACCGAUGAAGAAUGGGUAUGAAGUCACUUCGAUGGUCGGAAUCAACGGGUCGCCCUCGUUCAGUCGUCACAGCCACGGCUCGUCGGCGAGUCCGUGCCGGCCGGCCAGCCGUGAGGUCCGUAACCUGCACGACCACCACCAGCUCUGGUAGCUGAUAGUCGGUGAUCGGACGGACGGGAGAUCGACGGGCGUCGGACGCGGCGGUGAGCGAGGAACCGCCGACGGACGUACGACGUUCAGUAAGAGCAACACGAACACAGUCGUGUGGGGAGGAUGUAGGUUGCCUGCGUGUUAACAGGGCAGGGCAGAUGUCACUGUAUUGUAUAUUGCCUCAUGUAUAGACACGCCCUGUGUUGCAGACGGGUGGUAGCUAAAACUGGCAGCUUUAUAUGGGAACAAACACAGCAGUCGCUACCGUGAGGCUGGGCGGAGUGGUGUCUGCGCGCCGGGCUCUGUCUGCCCCCCCCCCCUCGAAGACACCGCGUCAAGCACAAACAAUCCGUCCCAAUCGCUCCUCACUCGCUCGCUGGCCGGAAAGCAGCUACUGAAGAUUCGUAAGCCGUGCGCCUCGUUAGGAAGACAGACUGAUGGAAACUGGAGAUUAUUAUAUACCCGUCUACUUAAUGUUAUAAUGGCUGUUAGAGAGUUAACUUACUGGACUAGUGUAGGCCGCUGCGAACAAUUGGUUCGCUGGACGGAAUCGGACCGGACCGGACCAGUGAUGACGUAUUCCGCGCUCGGCCCUGCCGCCCUGCCGGCCACCCACCAGUAUUAACCGCUGACGAGAGGCGCCGAAGCGGAUACCGUCACUGCCACCGCUGUCACCUCCGCCGUCCACUGCUGUCCGUUGUGCAAUCGUCAUGUGCCUGUAUUAACCUCCCCGGCUCGGUACAGCCGUGCCGGGCGCUCACUGACACCAAAGACGGCGUGCACUGCGCCGCGACUCGUCACUGACCCACGUGCAAUCUCUGUAAUCCACUCACGCUAGUCCUCUGCUCCCCGCUGAGUUACUCAUUUACUUGUGUCCCGUUGUGUCGUGCUUUCUCUGAAUACUCACCCUAAUCAUGGUUUCGGGACGGGCUACGCACGUUUUGGCAGCUAACGUCUCAGAUUAACAUAUUUAUGUACUCACUCGUUUUAUAUUUUGCAAUGCAUAGAGGUGUAUGAGCCGUCGUGUAACUUGUCUUAGAUAAGUGCACUUAGCUGGUGGGUCCAGUGAAAUGGAAGCGUUUGCUGUCUUUAAAGUCAAUAAAUGGAAGGUUAAAAAAAAA